AUGCCAUUGCAUGGUUUCUUUCCAGAGAUCCUCGCCUUGGCUCGACCAAGGAGUUCCGUCAUGACUAAUACGAAAGCAAAUACAAAGGAUGCCAAAGGAUUUCGCAACCGAUACAUGAAACAACAAACUACCGAACGUUCUCGAGAAAAUGGUAGGCCGUCAGCCACAGAGGAAUUGGAAUGCUUUCUUAAAUCAGAGGGUCUAGAAGUUAUCUUUGUCGACGAUGUCCGUGACAAACUGUUCAAUAAAUCGAGCAUCGAUAGAUUAUACGAUUUAUUGAUCGCUUUGAAGUUUGACCUCAUCUGGAAUAUAUCCAUGAUGCCGUUGAGAAGAUCGCAUAUCAAAUCACAUCAUGGGUGUAGUCAAUGUAAAUUUCGAAGAGUUAAGUGUGAUGAACUCCAACCCAUCUGUUCGAGAUGUACCACAUACAAACGAGAAUGCAAAUACAAUUCCGUAAUCACCCAAGCACCUGGUCAAUAUAGUUUCGAACUCCGACCACCGCCCAUAUCCAAAUUUCCAAAGCACAAACCAAAAUUCAUUCGACCAUCAUCUCGACCAUCUCGACCUCAUCCACCACAGAGUCAAAACCCCAAUUAUGGUAUUCAAGCACCGCUUCCUUUUGGUCUCCACAAAGAAGCUGAUGCUCUUCUCCAUCAUUAUGUCAAUGUUACUUGCAAACCCAUGACAUCAGCCUUCAACCGUCCGGAUCAAACUAAAUGGGAAGGAGCCGUUCGACGUAACGCUUCAACCCAUGAAUUCGUAUACAACGGCAUGCUAUCAUUUGCGGCCCUCCAUCUCGCUGUUCUCCAACCCCAAAAUCGAUCCAUCCAUAUAACCAAAGCAUUAAAGUUUCAAAAUUCAGGCAUGACGGAAUUCCGACCCGUGUUAGAAAAUAUCACAGCAUCGAAUUGUGAAGCUGCGCUAGGAUUCUCCGGGUUGCUCAUAAGUUCCAUCUACGCGUUUCCCGUAGCGCAAGCUGGACCCGAUAGAUCCAGCGAGAGAUUAUUGGAUUAUCUACCUGUGAUCUUUAGUUUGUUUAAUGGAACCGUGGCUAUCUACCGCAUGGGCUGGAUGAAAAGUCUCGAUUCUAAUCUCAGCGUGCAGCUGAGGAAUAAAGUCAUGGCGGCCGAUGCAACCAAUACACCAGCCGCGGGCGAAGAAUUUCUCGAGCAAUUGGAACGGAGAGAGAUUGCUAUAUUGAAGGAUGCACGUCUUCGAGAUUUGUACACUGAUGUAUCGUCUCAAGUUCGCCGAAAUUUAAGGAGAACUCAGCAGUUUCCGGGGAAAGUAUGGCCCGGGGCGGCUCCUCCGCCGUAUAUUCAAUGUGUGAAACAGAGGGAUCCAAUUGCGUUGGUGCUGGUGGCGUAUUGGGCGGUAGGACAGGAUAGAGGGGUGGGGUAUAAUUGGUGGGCGAAGAACUGGGCGAGAGAUUUGGUGGAGAUGAUUGGGGUGGAAUUGGGGGUGAGUUCGAAAUGGUGGUGGUAUAUGAGGUGGCCUAGGGAGAGGAUGGGACUAGUACAGUGA